UGUGGCAGCGUUUGUGGCGUGAGGUUACUCGCCACGGCUGCGGUAGACGAGGCUGGGCCCACCAUGACUGUGGCGGUCAGUGAGGCAGACGCCUCCGUUGUGAAUGUUACGGCCCUGCGUCGCUCCACGACCAGCGAAGUCGACGUUUGUUGCGAAGUCAAACUUCCUGUCAAGUAUGACGUAGAGGCAGCUCUGCAGGCGCAGGGUCGUGUUGAGGUGCAGGGCCUGCAGAACGCACGCGUGCGCAUCGCUACAGAGGAAGGUGGCGCUGCAGUGAACCGCCUGCAGAGUCUGCAGGUCAUUUAUAGGACCUCUUCUGGACCUUUGCUAGUGAAAGGAAAGCUGCUAAGUUCGCUGCAAGCAUCGGCAACUCGAGUGCUUAGUAUUAGCGGGGACAUGAUCCAGGGCGGCAGUGUGGAGGUUAAUGCUCCGAAAAUAGAAUGCAACUUGCAAAGUCUUCACUUGAACAGCUUACAAUUGGCUGCCGAUGACGUCACGCUGCGUGUAAAUGACGUCACAUGUCACACUUCCUCCAUUCAAGCCGAACACGCUCACGUUCUUAUUGGUAACUACAGUGGUGGCAUGACGUGGCAGUUUUCGUCAAUGUCACUCGAGGUUGCCGUCCCGAGGCUGCAUGGCGACUCCAGCGUCGUGGCGACCAGAGGACGCGUGUCGCUGGGAUGUCCUACCGAGUACAGGUACGGCAUUUGUGUCACGGGACAAGAUGUGUGCAUGCAUCGUGAGUUUAAGGAAGUGAAGUGCAUUGCAGCCGACAUUAAAGAUGCUGCAGGCGACAUGAAGGAUGCUGCAGGCGACAUGAAGGAUGCUGCAGGCGACAUGAAGGAUGCUGCAGGCGACAAGGGCAGGCAGCGUGUGCUGGCAGGCCCAAGCUCUCCUUUGCUGUCAGUGACGCUGCUGGAAGGCCGCUGUUCGCUGGUACCGUGGACAUGGCCGCGUACACGGCACUGACUUCCAGCACUGCUGACUGUGACUUCCAGCACUGCUGACUGUGACUUCCAGCACUGCUGACUGUGACUUCUAUCCAUACUGACUUCUUUAUCAACCACUUCGCCGA